CAAAAAGUGAUAACUGUAAGAACGUUAAGCAUUGUGGUUCAUAUUCUCUUAUUUAUUGGUUAAACUACUCUUUGAGUUGUGAAUGUGUAAAUGGAGUACUUUGUAAAAUUCCAUGUUUGUCAUUUAUUUUUAUUGUUAUCCACGCUUUACGUUAGCGCUUUUGCUGAUUCGUCCUGUACGCUUACUGGAAAUUCUAUAGAUAAUCUAGAAAAUAUUAAGUCUUCGUGCAAGAACAUAAUCGUUGAUGAUUUAUUGGUACCUGCUGGACUAACCUUAGACUUCACCGGAAUAUCAGACGUCAACAUUGAAUUUAGAGGGAACACUUCUUUCGAAUUUAAAAUAUGGAAAGGACCGUUGAUUCUGAUAAGCGGGAAUAACGUUAAUGUUUCUGGAGCUGAAGAUUCUGUGAUCGAUGGUAAUGGCCCAAAAUGGUGGGAUACGUUAGGAGAUAAAGGGAUUACGAAACCAAGAUUGUUCAAACUGCGAUACUUGACCAAUGCAAACGUAACUAAUCUUUCCUUCCUCAAUUCUCCACGUCAUUGCUUCGCUAUUCAUAACUGCACCAAUAUUACGAUCAACAAUGUUGUUAUAAACGAUAAAAGUGGAGAUACGCAAGGUGGCAAAAAUACAGACGGCUUUAAUGUCAAAGGAUCUGAAAACGUUUACAUUACAAACGUUCACGUUUUUAAUCAAGACGAUUGCCUAGCAGUAAGAUCUGGAAAUAACAUUCAUUUUUCAAAUGGGCAUUGCUAUAAAGGUCACGGAUUAUCUAUUGGUUCUAUUGGUAAUCGUACCAAUAAUGUUGUUCAAAACGUGUACAUAUCAAACAGCCAAUUAGUAGAGUCAGACAUAGGAGUUCGCAUUAAAACAGUUUGGAAUUGUACAGGAUUAGUGACUGGUAUCCAUUAUGACAAUAUUACUUUAAUCGGCAUUAAAAAAUAUGGAAUAAUAUUCCACGGAAACUAUGGAAAAUUACCAAGCCCUAACGCGCCAUUGACUGAUGGUAUUCCAAUCAAAGAUAUAACACUAAAUAAUAUACAAGGAACAGUUGUUACGGCAGGUACCAACAUCUAUGUCAAUAUAGCCGAGGGUGUCGGUUCUGAUUGGGACUGGAGAAACGUAAAUAUAACUGGCGGAGAAAAGAAAAGAAGUUGCCAUGGAAUACCCAAGGACUCAAACGCAUUCUGUGCUUAAUAAUAAAUAUUUCCUUGUAUCUUUUGGUAAAUAAAUGCAUAUAUCAAUUAAAAAUAAAUAAAAAAAAA